GCAUGAUAAAUGGUCUUAAGAUCAUCUUCAGACCUGUACAGAAAUGGAGACUGGACACCAAUCUCUGGCAUUAGAGAUUCUGAUUCGUAUAAUUCUUGUUGUUACAUUUCAUAUAACAGAUGACGCCGUCCCGUACUUCAGAAAGAUUCAGAAGGAAGAACAAUGGCUGUACAGAUAUCCAAGAACUCCGAGCUUCUACCCCGGAUAUAUACUAUGGGUGACUGUGUUGACUGUGCCUGUGUUGAUGGUGAUGAUUUUCUUGUUCAUCAGAAGAGACAGGGUGGAUGCAAAGCAAGCUCUCCUGUGUGCCUCCCUGGCCAUAUUCCUGACUGGGUGUGUCACCAAUUUUAUCAAGCUGGGAGUUGGAAGACCUCGGCCAGAUUUCCUGGAGCGAUGCUUUCCUGAUGGACAGAUUCGAGAUGACAUGAACUGUACAGGGAGAGCUAAAGACGUCAUUCAGGGUUACAAGAGUUUCCCCAGUGGACAUUCCUCUUUUGCUUUUUCCAGCCUGGGAUUUACAGCCCUGUACUUUGCUGGAAAAAUGCACAUUUUUAACCGGAACGGUCACGGGAAUUCCCUAAAGAUCUGUCUGUUUGUCUCUCUGUUGAUCUGGGCAACACUGAUAGCAGUGUCAAGGACGGCCGACUUUCAUCAUCACUGGCAAGAUGUCACAGUGGGCAGUAUCCUUGGAAUGACCUUGACCUACUUUUGUUACCACCAGUAUUACCCAGCUCUGUCUCGGUCCGUUUCCCACCUGCCGUAUAUUUCACUGCCGUCAGAGCGAGAUCUCAUUCCUACAUCACCUGUACACAUAAUGAAUAAAGCUGACCACGUAGACUCUCUCUUAAAAAUGAACAUGGAUCUACUGUUCAGUCCUUACCCCGACUGUUACCCCGCCCCCGUCAUCACUAUACAGGCCCGGGUACAUCCGCCGACCCACCCUUCCACUACACAACAGCCAAAACAAGUCAUGUGUCAACAACCUCUUAAGGACCCCUGUGUUCUCAUCACCAACGAUGAUUACUACCGCGUACCAACCAUAUCAUCAGGUGUCAACCAGCAGCCUUACUAUCAUACGGGUCCUUCCCUCGGUUUGGAGGAAGAUCUUCCCAUUCCCGAUUUCAACCAUCUGCCCUCCAGCCUGGAGGAAGAAGACAACAACAAUCACACCAAUACCCUGAGGUCCGCCAUUUUCCAGAAGAUACUCAACAGUUAUCCACAGCUCAACAGAAAACUGAAGAGGAGUCACCAUGUAGCUAAAAAGUUCCAGCAGGCACCAGGCAACCUAUCUGACUGCGUUUACCAGACUUCGCUGACCCCAGAAUCUACAGAUGACGCCAUCAUUGGUGACCUGGCUUCCAGCAUCAUGGACGACGAGUUUGACGGUGGAUACUGCAGUUUCAGUGACAAUGCCUCUGUGAACUCCAGUGGAUCGAUCUCUCCGAACUCCUCCGCGGUUGAACUACUGCAACAAAAGCUUCUCAGUGACGUCGAUGUGAAGAGCGAGUGUUCGAAGUUCGAAAACUUUGACAAUAUUACCAAACCGUGUGAGAAUGCUAAGACCAAACCAGUGACCUUUCUUGUCAAGACUCUGCCCAAACCAGCUAAAUACCAGUGUAAUGUCUGUGGGAAAAGCUACAAAGGAAAUACAAAUCUAAACUACCAUAUGGCGACACAUACUGGAAUCCGUCCUCACAAGUGUUCCAUCUGCGGGAAGGCCUUUACCCAGAAGUCCACACUGCGUACUCACUUCCGGAUCCACACUGGCGAAAAGCCGUACAAAUGCCGGACUUGUGUGCGCGCAUUCGCAGAUUACUCCACGUGUAUGAAACAUGAGCGUACCCACAGCGGUGAGAAGCCUUACGCAUGCCCAGUGUGCGGAAAGUGUUUUGCCCAGUCCGGAAACAUGCUCCGCCACCGUCAGACACACAGGAAGAACUAAUUAAAGUGCUUAUAUUCCAAUACUCCC